CAUCGCCAUCGCUCCUCCUGAGAUGAUCAGGAAACAAGUAUGGGGGCGGGGAGUGGCGAUCGAUCGCGGCGUGGAGGCGUCGCUGGCGGCGCUAGAGAGCAGCUACUCCCAGGAGCCGCUCAACGUGUACGCGUCGCUGAUCCGGCAGUGCGGCGACGCGCGCGCGUACCUGGACGGCCGCAAAAUCCAUCGCCAUCUCGAGAAGAAGGGCUCGAGGACGCGCUGGGCGUCUUCGAAUCCUCGGACAGGAGCGAGCACUCGUGGAGCACCAUCAUCGGCGCCUUCGCCAAGAACGGGAGGAAGAAGGAGGCGUUGGAUCUCUACAGGAGAUUCAGGGGCGAGGGCGCGCGGCCUAGCGGGAGCUCGGUGCUCAUCAGCGCCAUGGCGGCUUGCAGCUGCCCGGAUGAUCUUGCCGAGGGGCGGGAGAUCCACAGGGCUAUCGUCUCCGCUGGAUGGCUGCGCAGAUCAUCGGACAAGGUCUCAGACACCAUCCUGGAGACCGCGGUGUUUAGCAUGUACGCGAGGUGUGGCAGCAUGGACGAGGCACGGGAGAUCUUCGAUCGAGUGCCGGACAAGGACGUGGUGUGCUACACGAUCAUGAUCUCGGCGUAUGCCCAGAAGGGGUAUCACAGGGAAGCGCUCGAGCUCUACGAGGAGAUGGACGAGCGUGGAGUGGAUCCCAACGACAAGACCUUUGCGUGCGUUCUCUCGGCUUGCGCGGGGCUCAAGGACAUGGAGAGAGGGAAGAAGGUCCACAGGAGGAUCCGGGAGAGCGUCGCUCGCGUCGACACCGUGCUCCAGAACGCGCUGCUCAACCUGUAUGCCAAGUGUGGGGAUUUGGAGGAGUCGCGGAGGAUCUUCGAGGCGAUGGAGAGGAGGACGGUGGCGACUUGGAACACGAUGAUCACGGCUUACGUCCAGCACGAUUUCUUCCAAGAGGCGCUGGAGGCUUUUCGCCGGAUGGACGCACCACCCAGCUCCAUCACUUUCACGUCGGUUCUCGGGGCCUGCUGCUCCCCCGACGAUCUGGAAACUGGUAAAGCCAUUCACAGGCAGAUUGGUGCUAGUUCUCCGCAGAUUCAAGCUGACGAGAUUUUGCAGAACUCGCUCGUCACCAUGUAUGGGAAGUGUGGGAGCCUGGAGGACGCGGAGAGGGUGUUCCAUGGGAUUCGUAGGAAGAACGCUUUCUCGUGGACUGCGAUGAUCACGGCUUACGCGCAGAAUGGAUAUGAAAGGAGAGCGAUCGAGGUAUUUGGUGAUAUGAUGUCGGAGGGAAGGGUGGAACCGGAUCCUAUAACUUACGCUGGCGUUCUCACUGCUUGCAGUACUCUCGGCGACUUGGAAACCGGUAUGAGGAUUCACGCGUUGAUACGUUCCAAAGGAGUGGAGUCCGCCAUGGUUUCGACUGGGCUGAUAGACUUAUAUGGAAAGUGGGGUUUCUUCGAGGACGCAUUACAGGUUUUCGAGAGCGUUCGAGACAGGGACGUGGUUAUCUGGACUGCCUUUAUCGCCGCGUGUGUCUACCACGGACAGUCGGGUUUUGCUCUCGAGCUAUUCAGAAAGAUGGAAGCGGAAGGCUUACAGGCAAAUAACGUUACUUUCUCCAAGAUUCUUGCUGCUUGCAGCAACUUGGAAGACUUUGAGACAGGGAAAACCAUCGAAGACCGCAUAUACACGUUGGGCCUAGAAUAUGACGAUGUUCUUCAAGAUGGGAUACUGUCCUUGCACGCCAGGUGUGGGAGUUUGGUCGGGACCAGAGAAAUGUUCGACCGGAUGCCGCACAGAACCGUAGUAACGUGGACAACUAUGAUAGCAGCUUACAACCAACGGGGGUACUCUAUGGAGGCACUCGAACUCUACCACUGUAUGGACAUUGAGCCGGACGACAUCGCUCUCUCAAACGUUCUCCAGGCGUGUAGCAGGCUUAAAAACUUGGAGCAAGGCAGGGCAGUCCAUUCACGUAUUGCCUCGAGGGACUUUGAGCCGAGCUUGAUGGUUCAGACGCUGCUGGUCGACAUGUACGUGAAGUGUGGGGAUCUGGCUGAAGCAAGGAGAACAUUUGACGGGUUCAAAGCGAGGGACGUGAUCUCUUGGACGUCGCUCAUCACAGCCUACAGCCACGAGAACUUUGGACGGGAGGCGCUGGAAGUGUUUCACAGCAUGGAGUUAGAAGGCGUGGAGCCAAACAGCAUCACCUUUUGUACCGUCAUAGAUGCUUGCUCGAGGCUGAGCUCGCUUCUUCCUGGCAGAGCUCUUCAUUCGCGCGUUGUUGCGACUGGUCACAUUUCGGAUGAGUUCGUCGGGAACGCACUCGUCAGCAUGUACUCCAAGUUCGGCCGCGUAGACUUCGCAAGGGUGGUUUUCGACAGCAUUCCGGUGAAGAGAUAUCCGUCCUGGCGCGUGAUGCUGGUGGCCUUGACACAAAACGGCCACUCUCACGAGGCUCUAGAGAUGUACAGCCGGAUACACCUGGAAGGUUUCCGGCCCGGGAGUCCGAUCUUCUCCGCAGCUUUGGUCUCAUGCACGGCUCUCGAGGACGUGAGCAGAGCCCGGGCGAUUCACGGCGUGAUCAAGUCGAGUGACUUCUAUCCAGACCUCGUCCUCAGCAACGUCUUGAUGAACGUCUACGCCAAGUGUGGAGAGCUGGAGGAAGCCCGGCUGGUCUUCGACCAGAUGACAGAAAAGAACGAGGUCUCCUGGACGACAAUGAUCGGCGGCUACGCGCAAAACGGCCGUCCAGCGGAAGCUCUAGAGCUCUACAAAGCCAUGGACGUCCAGCCGAACUUCAUCGCGUUUGUGCCGGUUAUAAGCUCCUGCGCAGACCUGGGUGCGCUCGUCGAAGGCCAGAGAGUCCACGCGCGGCUCUCAGACGCAGGCCUCCAGAACAACGAAGUGAUCGUCACCGCGCUCGUCAACAUGUACGCCAAGUGUGGCAAGCUCGGGCUCGCGAGGGAGUUCUUCGACAGCACCUAUUGCCCGGACGCCGGCGCGUGGAACUCCAUGGCGACUGCCUACGCUCAGUUCGGCCACGGCAGCCAGGUGCUGGAGCUCUACCGGGAGAUGUGCUUGCAAGGCGUCCAGCCCAACGGGAUCACGCUCCUCAGCGUUCUGGUGGCUUGCAGCCAUAUGGGAAUGCUGGAGGAGUGCGAGCACCGCUUCGAGUGCAUGGUCGCGGACCACGGCAUUGCUCCAACGUCGGAGCACUACUCGUGCAUGACAGACUUGCUGGGGAGGUCAGGGAGGCUGGAAGAAGCCGAGAAGGUGGUGAAGAUGGCGAGCGGCGAGUCCGGCAGCGAAGCGGCCAGUCCGGUGGCUGUGUCGGCGUGGAUGAGCUUCCUGGGAGCUUGCAAGACGCACAACGACUGGGGUAGAGCGGCGGGGGCGGCGGAGAAGCUGUACGAGCUGGAUCCGGAGGACUCGGCUCCUUACGUGCUUCUUUCGCAGACUUACAGCCCACGGGCAAAGAAGUGAGACCGCCAUUCCGCCACUCUUGAAUUUUCGCAAAGGUUGAUGCUUUGAAAGGCUGAGAUUAAAGAUGCCCUUAUGUUUAAAUCUUAAAUAGGUCCUCAGAAAAACCUAAGUUGAUAUUAGGGCAAAUAGAAGAUAUUUAUGGUUAUGGUGAACAUAUUAAUAUAGUCAUGCUCAUGCUUCUGCC